AUCACGCUAAACAAUGUCCGGCGCGUACCUUCAUACUUAAUACCAUCAAAACCCAACCUGGGCAGCCUGUCGAUUAUCCAAGAGACUCAGUCAUAGCUGUUCACAAGGGGUCACCAUUCGGCCUCAGUUUCCGGGUUCUCCCAGAAGGACAGCAAUCACAGAUACAGUGAGUGUUAGCGCUUUCUGGAGAGGGAGGGUCUUGUCUGAGCUGGGUGAAGCUAGACAUUCUUCUGAAUAGGAUAUCCUCCGUUGAAAGUAACCCGUUCUCUAGGGUCACUUCUUUUAUACAGCCAGCGACCAUGGACCCAACUCAACCCUGGGGUUGGAGCCAACACGGGCAGGGAGGGUACGCUCCUCCAAUGCCGCGGGGUUUCAACCCGUUCUUUGGCAUGCCAUCCAACCCGCCUUUCAACUUCAAUCCUAGUUGGAAUCAGGCGACAUCCCAACAUCCUUUCUCCCAAACAAACCGGCAGCGUCAGCAGAUUAACGGCAGAGGCCGAGGUGGCGCACCCUUCACCCAGCCCAUGCCUCAGCCCGCCUUCUCUCAGGCUAGCCAGUUUCGCCCGCAGAAUGAUGGGAGAGACCCUGGUGGCCAAGGGACGUCCGCUCAGCCAGCCUCUCGGGACCCUUUUCCUCAAGUCAGCCCAAAUCGUCGACAGAACGAGGGCCGAAGCCGUGGCCAGGGCGAUUUCUAUCGACCAGCGUCCCCCUUCGGUCCACCUCGGACCAGCCAGCAGAAUCGGCAGAUUGAUGGCGGGAAUUGGCGUGAUGAUGCGAACGACAGAGAGUACAGGCCGUCGCGUAACCGACGACGGCGAGCAGCCACCUCUCCAAAACCGCCUCGACCUCCGCCUGCGCCAACAUGGACGUUUCCAGAAGAUCGGCCGCUGGCCUUUCCCAUGAAUAACCAGGCCGUUGGCCCCUUUGGCGCCACCAGACCGGUUCGGCAGAACAAUGCCCUCAACGCCGGGGCACCCAUCUCAACCUCCCUUCCGAUCCGGCCAUUGCGUCCUAACCACCCCUCCCAGGUUCCCAACCUUGCCACUACCGGCGUCAACACGAACCCCAACACCAACAAGGCCAAGGCCACCAAAAGACCUGCCCCGCCCUCCGCAGUAAAUCCCAGCAACCACCGGCGCGAACCCACCUCCAACGAGCGGGACGCCAUCUCGGCCCCGUCCGCCGCGUCAGGCGGCAUCCCGAACCCCACGGACGAAUACCUCCGCUGCGCCUCCUUCGUCCCCUGCCGCCUGGACAAGCCCAAACCGAUUCUCGUCGUCAUUGACCUCAACGGCACCCUCCUCUACCGCCCGCACAAGCGCAACGCCUUCAGCUUCGUCGAGCGGCCCCUCGCCAAGACCUUCCUCCAGCGCUGCAUAGACAAGCACCACGUCGUCAUCUGGUCGUCGGCGCGCCCCGAAAAUGUCAGGCGCAUGUGCGAGCAGCUCCUGCCCGCCGAGUACCUGUCGCGCGUCGUCGCGGUUUGGGGUCGCGACCGGUUCGGCCUGAGCGCCGACGACUACAACCGGCGGACGCAGUGCUACAAGCGGUUGACGCGGCUGUGGGAGGACCCCGUGGUGGGCGGUUCGCACCCGCAGGCGGCGCAGGGCGCCGUCUGGGACCAGGGCAACACGGUGCUGAUCGACGACAGCGCCGAGAAGGCGCGCAGCGAGCCGCACAAUGCCGUCACGCUGCCCGAGUUCGCGGGCGACCUGAAGGAGAAUCCGCAGGUGCUGCCGCUGGUCGAGGACUAUCUCGACGCCCUGGCCAUGUACACAGACGUCAGCACCUACAUCAGAGUCAAGCCCUUCACGAUGCGCGGUAGACAGCCGGUGGCUGUUAUUCAGGAGAAGAAUUAGGGGCGGGAGAAAAGAGAGAUGGAGAGAGCAUUUUUUGGGUUACAAGUUCAACACUGUUGUUAUAAGUUUGGAGUUGUGUAGAGACACCCGAUUACCCCUGGCAUUGAGGACAAGGACCAGUCUCCGAUGGAUUUUGUUGGGCGUUAGGUACACCAAGGAGGGACAUUGAUUCUCAUUCAGCAAGAGGCCCCGCAGAUGCGGUACCUAGU